GGAAAUUUUCUUUCCGCCUCUCCCUCUAUCCCGCAGACCCUGAAUACCUGGAAGCCAUCCAUAUUCCAGUUGCCCAUCACCCGCUUUCGGAAAACCACCGAGCGGCAAAUAGUUGACGGGCUUCAACACAGCACACACACCUUUGGUCGUCGUCAUGAUGAAGACCAGCCUUUUGCGGCAGGCGGCCGCAAGCCGCGUCGCCCUCGUCGCGCGCCCUGCCCAGGUGGCCUUCAGAGCAUCUUCGGCCGCGCUCGCGCUCUCGCGACCCUCGAGGAAUGUUGCUGCCGUGUAUCGUUUCACGCCUUCCCUGCUACGGCUCUACUCCAGCGAGUCCGCCGCCGAACAAUUGUCGACUGAUGCCGCGCCCGGCCCCAUUUCCCGUUUCGAAGAUCUUUCACGGCUCAACGUGCAUGAGCACAUCGUCCGCGCCAUCACACAGGAUAUGAAGUAUGAGACUAUGACAGACGUCCAAACCAUGACGAUCAGGCCCGCUCUGCUCGGGAAGGACGUGGUCGCGCAAGCAAAGACCGGCACCGGCAAGACACUUGCAUUCCUCGUCCCUGUCAUUCAGAGGAUUAUCGAUGCCGAUCCGGAUCUAGCCCGGCCCUCCAGAGGCCGGAAGAGUUGCGACAAUAUCCGCGCUAUAGUCAUGUCGCCUACUCGUGAGCUUGCCGAGCAGAUUGGCGUCGAAGCAAGACGGCUCUGCAAAGGGACCGGUGUCAUUGUCCAGACCGCCGUUGGCGGCACGCAGAAGAACAUGAUGCUUCGCAAGACCCGCAUUGAGGGCUGCCAUUUGAUGGUCGCCACUCCCGGCCGUCUGCACGACCUUCUCUCGGACCCGUCCUCCGGUAUUGCAGCACCCAACCUUGCUGCCCUGGUGCUGGAUGAAGCCGAUCGCAUGCUGGAGGUCGGUUUCAAGCUUGAGCUUGAAAACAUCCUUACCCUCCUGCCCGAUCGGAGCAGCGUGCCCCGUCAGACCCUCCUAUACUCAGCGACCCUGCCCAAAAAUGUGGUUGGCGUGGCCCGCCAAUUCAUCAACCCGACCAACUUUGAGUUCGUCCAGACCGUAAAGGCGGACGAGGUGCCAACACACGAGAGGGUGCCGCAAUUCAUCGUCCCAUGCCGCGGCUUUGAGAACGUCGCUCCUACGCUCCUGGAGUUGAUUCGCCGUGAGGGAAGCUCAGCGGGGCAACCGAUUAAGGCCAUCGUUUUUCUACCCACCACGGCAGCAGUCAUAACCUACUCGCGGAUGUUUAGAAGUCUCAGAUACGAUGACCGCUCGAUUCCUCGCGUCUAUGAGAUCCACUCCAGGCUAGCACAGGGCCAGCGAAGCAGGAGCGCUGAUGAGUUCAGGCAGGCUUCCUCUGCAAUUCUCUUCUCAUCUGAUGUCUCGGCCAGAGGCAUGGAUUUCCCCAACGUGACCCAUGUCAUACAAAUGCACCUCCCCCGCGAUCGGGACACCUACAUUCACCGCAUCGGGCGAACGGGGCGAGCUGGCAAGGAGGGCAAAGCCUACCUCCUGGCAGCUGAUAUCGAGAUCCCCGCGGCGAGGUCGCGGCUUCCAGGCUUGCCGAUCCAACGCUGCACCGACCUGGAAUCUGCGUCUAUCGACGUGAGCAAAGCCAGCACGCUUCCGGAAACUUUCAUCCAGAUUCAACAGGCGAGCGAUAAGGUUGGCUAUGAGUUGAAGCAAGAGGCCUACCGCGCAUUUCUCGUAGGCGCCUUUAGCGAGGUUGACACGCGCGAGCUGGUGACCGAAUGCAACAACAUGGCCAAGUACACCUGGGGCAUGGAGGAGCCACCGGCUGUCUCGCCGUCGACGGCUCGUCUGGUCGGUGUAUCCGCAGGGCUACGAAUCGCUGACAUCCCUGCUCCCCGAAAACCUCAUGGCGGUUCUUAUGGUGGAGGUUCUUAUGGUGGUGGCGGCGACCGUCGUGAUGAUUUCGAGAGGAUGGAACGCGUCGCUCAAAGCGAAAGCAGGAGAGGUGGACGGAAGCCUCCCGCCACGUUUUAG